AUUGCCCCUUCCCCCUAUCCUCAGACAUGAUUGAUGGAAGCCGAAGACAGCGACAUCACCAAAACGCAGGAAGUGCUGCCCAUGGAGGAGGGCAGCGACGACGAAGAAAAACAAUUUGGCUCGCUGUCUAAUGCCACCCUCGACUCCAACCAGGAAGAAUCCAAAAAAAGCGAGAAGGCAGAAGAAAACAAAUACGACCUAAAGCAUUGGGACUAUUUAAUUGCAGAGGCCUCAAAAAAAGGUAUCCACGAAGCUCGCCAAGUUUAUCAAAAGUUCUUCGAAGUCUUUCCCACCGCAGGUACCUAUUGGAAGCAAUACGUCGAAAUCGAGCUCCAUCAUAAAAACUACGACGCGGUCGAGGAAAUAUUUCAAAAAUGCCUGCCUAUAUGCGUAAGCGUCGACCUGUUUCGAAUAUACUUAGACUACACUCAAAACAUCAAAAUGAAGAAGGCCGAUCUACCCCCCUCUGUUAAAGUGGCGGCCAUCACCAACGCCUUUGAAUUUUCUCUCGGCCAGGUUGGUCUCGACAUCACCUCAUCACCUAUCUGGGCCGAAUACAUUGACUUUCUACGGUCUGACUCCAAUCCAAAUAUCGAAGCAAUUCGAGACGUCUUUCGUCGCGCCAUUCCGAACCCUAUGCACAACAUGGAGUCCAUCUGGUCAAAGUACCACGAGUUCGAAAAAUGGACAGAAGUUCCGAAAAAUAUCGAAUUUCUUCAAAGAACAUACGACGAAGCGCGUAAAGUGUACCGCACGCGAAAAAGCUACGUCGAGGGUAUCAACAAGAACAUCCUCCCACCGUCAAGAGGACAACAAAAAGAACUUCACCAAGUCAAACUCUGGAAAAAGCUAAUCGACUACGAGAAGCAAAAUCCCCAAGGACUCGAUAAUGAGCAACUCGAGCGAAGGAUAAAUUUCACCUUUAACCAGGCCAUCGCCUGUCUCUAUCACUACCCCGAAAUCUGGAUCAUGGCGGCUCAGUACCAAAUUGAGACCCUCCACAUACAAAAGGCUAAGGAAGUGUACCAGAGGGCCGUUCAUGCCCUGCCUCAUAGCCUUUUGCUGAAUUUUCAAUACUGCGACUUUUUAGAGCUGAACAAUAUGCAACUCGAAGCCGACGCACUCUAUCGAAACCUGAUCAAGAGCGAGUCAGAUAAUUUGCUGGUCUGGAUUCAAUACAUGCAUUUUUGUCGCCGAACGCAAGGCAUUCAAGGCGCGCGCAAAGUUUUCUUCAAGGCCAGAAAACAGCCAAAUUGUACGCACCACAUCUAUAUCGCAGCCGCCCAACUUGAAUUUUAUGUAAAUAAGGAUGAAUGCGUUGCGAGGAAUAUUCUGGAAUUGGGAUAUAGCCAAUUUAACCGAAACUUAGACUUUUUACAGCACUAUGUUGAGUUUCUAUUUCAUCGAAAUCAAGAAAGUUACAUGCGAGUUUUGUUCGAAAAUAUUUUAUCAACGCUGCCCAAUAGCAAAGCUACCGAGAUAUGGAACUAUUUCCUGAAAUUCGAAAACCUUAACGGGAACUUGGAGGCCGUGAUCAAGCUCGAAAGCCGCCGCUCUAAGGCUUACACCGGAAUGGACCCCUCUGGUAUUCUGAGCCUUGUUCAGCGAAAACGGUUUUUGGACCUUUGGCCCUGCACGAGCAAAGAACUCAUGUCAUUUUCAAACGACUAUCACCCCCCUGAACUCGAGGAUAAAGGGGAGGACCUCCUGAACGCCGGGACCUUCGAAAAGGAAGACUCAGACGCCAACGUUGCCAAUUCGAAAAAGAAGGAGAAAAAAAGCACAGUUGUUGUACCAGAUUUAAACCAACUUGACCUGUAUUCUCGGGGCGGGUCUUCUUCUAUUCUGAACCUGCGCCUGACCGAGUUCAUUCAAUGCCUACCAAAAUCUUGGAGUGGAGUCGAAAUAGAUGUAGACAAGUUGAUUCAAUCAAUCAGAGACAACAGAUUAGAAGUCGACCCAAACAUCUUCAACAAUGCUCCACCUAGAGCCAUUGAUAGCAACGACAACCAAGAGACGUUCAGUCAAGUCAAGUCUAGAGAGUUAGCGGACAACGACGUCUAUCACCGCCGCACCAAAAGACAGCACCUAAUGUCUUUAGUUAAUAAGAGAGAAAGAAUAAACUAGAAUAAUACUACAGAAUAAUCAGCUAAGACCAUGCUUUCUUAUCACG